UUAUCCACUUAUAACCCAAGACAUAAUAUGGCUAAGCUUCGGCACAUGUGCAGGAGGUGCAGAGAGACCUAUAGGGGAAUGUUAAUCCAGACUAUAAACCUUACAGAAUGAAGGUGGUCACCCUGCAGAGAUUAUUUAAGAGCACAAUCACUACAUAUACAGAUGCCAGAGAGACAAAGAGUCUCUGUUAGGACUACAACAAACCCCCUGUUCUUCUGUCUUUUGACGCGUACACAGACUUACAUGGCACUAGCGCUAGAGAGCACACUAGAGAGCUUUGAUUUACAGAGCAGACUGGAGGCAGGAUGGAUCCUUUCUUCAAUCGAUGACAAUACUAGACAAGAGAAAGGAAGGUUUAGGGAACACUGGGGCAGAAGACGUGGACAUGCAAAGUCUGAGUUUUUUUUGAGAGCUGAUUAUUGGAUGUGACAGCUUUUAACAUUAAAGAAAGAAAAGAUGGAGAUUGAUGCACCUCCUAAGCCUCCAAGGCUCCCUGCAGGGGAAGUUGCACUUGCAUCCCAGGUACAGGGGAUGAUAGGUGGGACCACUCCUGAAGCAACAAAGAAACUAGAGGAGCCUGAAGACAUGUGGCCGAUGGAAGAAGGAGAUGACUCCGUGUUCUACAGUGAUGAAGAACAACCACAAGAGGACAUUGCAAUGAAAGUACCAUGUGAAAUUGCAGCUGGGUCAAGGAAAAUGGUCACCAGUGCUGCAGAAGAAGAAACUAUCCCACAGAGGGAGAGGGAUCCAGCAGAUCCAGCAGAAGAAUCCACUGAGACGCAGAGGGAAGGGACUCCACAGGUCGACCUGACUGGACAUGGAGAGAAAGAUCUCCAGAAAGCAGAACCUACUGAUGAGCCAGACCCUGCAAACGUGGAGGCAAACUUUCAUCCAAAUCCAGAGAAGAUUGCAAGCUCGUGUGAAGAUUCUCAGCUGCUCACCUGUGCAAUUUCAGAUGUAGAGACACAUCUUAAGGUCAAGAAAUCAGCAGAGGAAGAUGAUCUCCCCGUUGAGAAAGAAGAAGCUGUUUUAAACACACACAAACAAAACCUUGCACCUUUUGAUGCCACAUAUGAGGAGAAUAAUGGGAAGACAGAAAUACCAGAGGAGACGUCUAAAGCCAAAGCUCCAUCAUCAGGCAAAAAGAAGCAGAUCCAAGUGGACCAGAACCCAGAAAAGAACCAGAACUGUAGCGCUCCUCUUGGGUUUCACCAAAAACCCAACCCAAACUACGCCUCCCUGCCUAACCCCAAGAAAUCAAGUCAGCAGAAAUCCUUCGACCAUCUCACCUCCUCCAAAUACAGCACCGUUUCCUACCGCAGGAUCCGCAAGGGCAACACGCGCAAGAAGAUCGAGGAGUUUGAGUACAUGAUGAUGAAUUUGUGAGGUUUUUCAGGACGACUGUAAAGGAUUCUGAUGGUGCAUGUAUGUAUGCUGUGCGAUCAGAAAUCUAAAGGGUUUAUUAAUUUUCAUUUGAUGCUUUGGUGAUGACAUCUUAUGUAAGAACAGGUAUUUGAGCAGCAGAUUAAAUACAUAAGAAGCUCAGGGCUUUAUAAUCCCACUGCCUAUAAUAACUAAGCUACCGUUAGGUAUUAGAGCUUCAGUAUGCUCACCUCUGGAGUGAGGCGCCAGGCAGAGAUGAUUAACUACUUAUAUGUCUUAAUAUUCUCUGAAUAAGAUUGAAAUAAAGAGAUCUCCACCUCUGGAUCUUUAUCUUCAUCAUUUUAUUUAUCUUUCUUUACAAAAUCUCAUCUAUCAAUGUGUUGUUGAGACGUUUGAUAACAGAUUGGAAUCACAGCACAGAAUGUUUGAGCCAACGCUGCCCUCUAGUGACCAGAAAGAGUUCAUACAACAAUCUUCACAGCAAAACCCCCCUAAACCUUAAUAACACAGUUUUAAACCAAAGAAGCAGCUGUUCACCAAAGUUCAUCCUCAACAGAAAUAGAGGAAGUAAAGAAAUAAAGGUGUUCAUCACUUUUACAAAUUAACCUGUUUUACAUAACAUGUACUCUUGAUUUAGUCCCAGCACACAAAAAAUAAAGGAAAGGUCAUUUUUACAACAUAAAUUUCGAGGCACUUUGGUAACAAUCAUCUGUUCUGCUGAAGGAACUUUUUCCCUUUUAAUGUUUAAACAUGCACAUGGGCCCUUAAUACCUUUUAAUUUUAUAAUUAUAAGGGUAAUUACCCAGUAAUUUCUCAAAAAUAAGGAGGUAGAUAUCUUGUAAUAAGUUAGCAUUUUGCUAAAUAAUAGCUUGGAAAUAUGGUGGCAAAUGGACGUAUUUAGUAGUGCAUUAAUCAAGGAAUUCCUUAAAAUUCUGUGUCAAUUCUCUGCUAAUCAGGUGGUAUUUUUGCCCCAGCCCUAAUACUACUUUAGCCCUAAAAAUAGCCCUUUAAUUACGUUAGCCAACAUAAAUAAAUUACCUGGGAAUUAUCAAGCAACUUGUACAGAAAAUUAUCAUCUUAUUUAUGACAAAUACUUAGUAAAAUACCCCCUAAUCAUUAGCAAAUUGACACAAUGUUAUGAAGGCAAGCAUAAGAGGUAAAUUGAGGGUUAGUGUAAGGGUAGGGGGUUAGGGUAAAAUACUACCCCACUGCAAAAGAAUUGCCACAUUACCACGAGGGUUAGGGCUGCGUUAAAGGUCACAUAUUUUUGUUAGAAAGGCCUGAAAAAGUGAUUUUUGCACAAUACGUGACCUUUAAUUUGACAGCUAUUUUUAAUUUUAGUCUCAGUUAUUAGAUUAAAUGCCUUUCAGUUUAAUUCACAUUGUAGUCAUCUCCACCCUUUAAAGUUUUACUCUUGAUUUAGUUGAUGAAAACUAAAAAAACAUUUUAGUCUUUAAUUGUAGUCCCAGCAUUUAUUCUCUUGCCUAAAUCUAGUACCAAAUCAUGGUAGUGUGUUCUCUACACUCUGCAUAACCUGG